GUGAUACACAAGUCUUUAUAACAUCAUGACACUUUGUCUUAUCUUGUCUCGCUCGAUUUCUUUCUUUGCUCCUGAUAGUGAAACUGGACCUUGUGCCAAGCUCAACAUUUCACAGAUCACAUCAUACAUCCCUAUUCUGCCCCUUGUGUCUUUUGGGUCUCUUCCGUUUCAUCAUCCCCGCUCAUCGAGAGGGAGACAAAGACCAUACAACCCAGCCAGCUUUCCGCUCACUCUGCACGUCCAAGACAGUCUGACGAAAUCAACCUGAGGACACCAAUCGAUUGUCGACCACUGGAUCGGACGUAGAUUACGCUGGGGGAAGGUUUUGUUUUUGAUUCAGACCAAUUCCAGAAGUUGGGACCGGAAAGGUCUUUGGCGUCCGCCCCCCGCUCCCCCAUCUAUCAAACCAGAACAGCAGGGGAGACCAGUCCUGGGAGACUUCAGCUUUGGGCCCGGGUUUUGCUGUCUUGGUUCCUGCCCAUAACUCAGCCCCGACUCUCGACUCCAGGGGGACUGUUUUUUUGUUUUCCAUUCUCGGUGAGAGGUGUUCGAGGCGAGUCGCAGCCUAUCAGGGCAUCCACGGCGGCCGAUUUGUAUCCUAGGGCCAGGUUCCAGUCUGCUUCAUUCUGGAUCGAUCGGGAUUUCGAGUUGCGGUGUUAAGUGACCGGACAAUUUACACCUUCUGCACACAACGCUGCUGUACCCCCCCCCCCUUCCCCCACCCACCAUCACCAGACACACGCUCAACCUGUCAGCUAUUCUACGUCUCGAUAAUAAUAACCACACUCGCAAGCCACAGCAGAAGACAGAGACAGACAAGUCUAAAUAACAGCCAGACUUUGAGACUCACUCUCUAAAACCAAGGACGAAGGCGAGAAACCGGAAAAUUCAAAUGGUGUCCCAGACCCAGUCCCAGUGUUAUACCCCUUCCUCCUCGUCGUCUUCAUCGUCGUCUUCGUCGUCCUCGGGUUCUACGACAUCCGACACUCACACCACACUCAUCGGCGGCGGCGGACUCGUCCCAGGACUCGGUGGACUCGGCCUACCUCCACGACUCGGCAGCCGAUCGAGUUACAACAACACUAGCCGACCGUAUCCAGCUGUAUAUUAUUCAUCUCCCACUAGUUUGCCGUCUCUGGACUCUGAUAGACACCACCACCGUCACCACGGGCACGGCUACCAGCUUCCUUCACACCCUCUUCACGACGGCCACUCGCGUGGACACCUGAGUAUGUCUGAUCAAGGAGGGCACGGAGGUAUGGAUGGGUCAGACUCCACACCACAAAGAAAAAGGAUCGCUGUUGCUUGUGGAAGGUGUAGAAAGCGAAAGAUCAGAUGCAGUGGUGACCCGGGGCAAGGGCAGCCAUGCUCGAACUGCAAGAAUGCCAAUGCCGAGCCGUGUCAAUUUCUAAGGGUGAGCUUCACUACCUUUGUCAUCACUUUUAGGUUGUCUAACAAGCGCCAGGUUCAAUCAAGAGAAGCCCCUUUUAUCCGAAGUGAGCAGGUUGGCGAUAGCCCUUUUGGCUACAACGUUGGUGAUGCCAGAUUAUACCACGCUUCCCGCGCGCCCACGUAUCAUGCCUCUCCCAGUUCGCACGCAACAGCCUACGCUUCCGACCUUUUAUCCACCACUGGGCAUCAUAUGGGACAUGGCAGCACUACCGACAUUACAGGUAUCUCAUCGUACAGAGGCAGCACUCAUAGCGGCGGCUACUCAUACGUCCCGGUCAAACCAGCGUAUUACACGGCCGCAUACAGCUCCUCGCCACACGGCCUAACGUACGGGGUCCACUCUGAUGUGGACAACUUUGGGGGUUAUGGUUUGCCGGUCCCCACCGGAGAAGCCCAUCACGAUGCCCCCAGCGGCAUCCCGGUCAUGUCCAUGCCUGGGACCCCGGCUUGGCCAUCUAGCAGGAGCAUGAAAUCCCCGAGCGGGUACGGCAGCAUGUAUCUGGAUCCAGAAGUAACCGCAUCCCCAACCACCUACACAACCCCUCCACCAUCGGCCUACUCAGCAGUCCGGGGUCACUCAGCCGCCGGGGACGGGCCGAAUUUCUCCUUCACAAACAUGUCAGCUUCAUUGCCGUCGUCUCAGUCGGAUCGUGUGCUUCCUGUUCCUUCUUCCACCGCCGCCACUACCACCACGACCAGUCACCGCUCCUCCACCUACCCACCUCUCUCAGGGGCCAACAAACCCCCAACGGCCACAGACUCGAGCUACGACAGCUACGGCUCCUCUCGCACCGAGUCCAGCGGCCCAGAAAGUAUCUUUAGCGACUCGGAACGCGCUGCAGCCUUCUCGAACAGCCAGGGCCCAGCAGCCUUUGACAUGAGCCCGUACGGCACCAGCUCCGGGUCGACCGACGCUUCUGGCCGAAGGGACUCUGCAUACGCCGCGGCGGGGGCUGGACACGAGACUGGCGGUGGGCAUGACGGGCCGUCGCUGCCUUCCCUGUCGUCUGCGUAUGAGAGGCAUCAUGCUGCUGUUGCCACCCGGCACUAG